CUGAGCACAGUAGAUAAGAUAAACGAAUUUCGGCAAAUGUUUGUUUAGUGGAACGUCUGCUUCCGGUUUUCGGUAUAAAACACAUCUGGAUUUAUUUAUUUCCCUUUACUUUUUUAAUUACUCAGAAAACUUUGGGACAAAGUGUAUUGUUGACACGUUUAUCAAUUAUUUUUGUUAAAAAAAAUCCUCUGAAUCCGGAUCAAUCUUCUCAAGACCGAAAUUGCGCCGUAGAGAUACCUGCGUUUGUUUUAUCUUUUUAUCACGGAAUUCCCAGACUCCACCACUUCGUACAAUUAAAGUCAUUCGAGUUUUAUUUUCCCAAGUGUUGUUUGCUGAUCCAGCCAACAACGACUUAUCAGAGUACAAACAACCGAAAACAGCAAAAUGGCACUCAAAUCCACCGAAAGUAUCCCAGUAUCUUCCUAAAACUCGUCGGAGGAAAAAUACUUGGUGCUGAUCAUCAGCGAAAAUGAAGAAAAUUUUACAGAUUCUUCUCCUGUUAGCCCUGCUUGCGGCUUUGGCAAACGCGACGUAUUAUCAUGCUUUUGAGGAACUUGGACGCAAAGACGAGGGUGACGUGAUCGUGCGUUACGAGCCGGAUCUGACCCAGGGAAGUAACCGAAAAACGCUCAAGUGGUGGCCCAACGGAAUCGUCAAGUACGAGAUCAGCGACAGCAUCUCUCCAGAAGACCAGCAGAUAAUUUUGAGCGCCAUGGACGCCAUCAUGGAGGUGAGUAAGGUGAAAUUCACCCCGAAAGUCGCAACGGAUCGGGACUACGUGGCCAUCAUCAAUACGGACGUGGGCUGCUGGGCUUCGCUGGGCUAUCACGGUGGCCGCCAGGAACUGAAUCUGGAUCCACGGGGUUGCAUGGAUAAGGGCGCGAUCCUGCACCAGCUGAUGCACACCCUCGGCUUCAUCCACCCGAGCAACCGGGCCGAUCGGAAUCUAUACGUCGACGUAGAUCUGUCCAACGUGAAUGCCUUCAACCACGGCCAGUUUCAGCCGGUCGAUCCGACCUUGUACAACGAUUUCGGGCUCACCUAUGACUACGAAAGUAUUCUGCAUCGGGGCGGCAAGGCGUUCACCAAUAAUGGCAAGGACACCAUCAAACCUUUGCAUGGUGAUUUUGAACUUGGACAAAGGGAUAAGCUCAGUUAUAAGGAUGUUAAGAUGUUGAACAAAAUGUAUCCUUAGAGCAAGGAGCAAAAAUGGUAACUAUUCUUCUUUGAUAACCAAUAAUAUUCUUAAAAUUUAUUUGCUUUAGAUAGAUUUUUUUAGAGUGCUUUUUGUGCUACCUACGAUCUAGGCAAAAUAUCAGAAUUUUUCUAUUAUGUGUUAAGCCAUGUUAUUCAAAUAAAAGUAAAGCAAUAAAAACUACUGAUCAUCUGUUCCA